UUUUUUAGUGCUCUACUAAAACAUGACUGUGUCGACUCUCAACCUUUUCUAGUAUAUGCUGGUACCAAAACUGCAAAUCUGGCAGGCCUGGCUAUUAUUCCAAUCCAAAAAAAUACUUUAAUACUUCUUUAACAAGUUAAAAAAACAUAGCUGUCUAUAUGGAUGCGUUACAACAAAGAAAUCUCAAAGAUUUCCUUCUGCUUUACAACCAGAUAUCCGAAACAUGUUUUAAGAAAUGUGCAAAUACAUUCCUUUCUCGAGAAAUUACCUCUAACGAAGAUCUCUGCGUGAGUCACUGUGCAGAGAAGUACAUUCAUGCCAAUCAUAAAAUAAUGGAAGUGUUCAUGGAAGUGCAACCUAUAAUGGUGCGCAAAAGAAUAGACGAGAUAAAUACAGCUCAAAGAACAUUAGAAGCGCAGAAUCAACAAACCAAAGUAGAAGAGAAUCCACAAUAGUACAUUUUUAUUACAUGUGAUUUAUUAAUUUUUUGUUAGUUUGUUUCAUAACCAGAUAGCACUAAGUCAUCUAAAAGACAACAAAAUUUUUAUAAAGACGUCAUUUAAUGAAAGAAUAUAAAAAAGUACAUAAAUGACAAAAGCAUUAUUACUAUUCGUUUUACAGACCUUUCUAGACAGCACACAUAUUUGAAGAAUAUCCAUGAGAUAUUUUUUAAAGAUGUUGAAAACUCAAUAAAUUACCGUUUUAUAUCCUUCAGAUAUUUGAUAAGCAUUUAUACACGACGUAUCUGUUUAUAAAAUUAUUGUAUACGCUUUAAUCCCUAAUGUGUCUACAAGAUAUCCAAUAGACGUCGAAUGUAUGACAAAGAUUAAAUUUUACAUUAAAAUUAA